AAACCAAAAUACUGUUCCCUUCUCCAACAGGACGACAUCGAUGGAUGAUUCUAAUCAGCACCCCGAAUCUUCCCCUGCCGAUAUAGAUGCAUCGGAACCAUCAUCAAUUAUAUCAUCUUCUUAUGAAUACUAUUCAACAAUAUUACGCCAACAGUUCCACAGCUUAUGCUCUUCUUCCGCUUAUUGGCAUGUGCUCGAAAGCAUUUCUAGUCUCUGCAAGAGGACAAUCGUCUCUUCAACACCAAGAAGAAAUCGCGGGACGUCUCUCCCUCUUCCAGUGCCUUCAGCAUCUCUUGAACCUUUCAAGCUAUCAUCUGAGUCAUCUAGAGUAUAUGAGGUUUUAGAGGACAUAGCGGAGCAUACUUUCUUGAACAUGCAUAGUGUCCAGAAGAAUUUACAAUUUUGGCAAGCCAGGGCAGAGGGAUCAGCUUCUCAGAAAGCAUACUUCAUGGCUCUUGAGAGAGGGCCUCGAGCAUUUCUUGAUGGUUCGGCACAGUUGAUACAUUACUAUGUUUUCCAGGGUACUGGCAUGCAGCAUCUUUCUUCGUUAGCAUCCAUACAUAUCUCGGAAAGGAUAAGUAUCUUAACUAGGUUAAGAUACUCCUUGGCUACAUUUUUAGCACAGAUUUAUCUGGAGGUUGACAAAUUCGGGGAGCAGAUCCUUAAGGAGCCUGAAAAGUCAUUGGCUCCAAUACUGGCCUCUAUAAAUGGUUUAUUUUUAAAUUUGGAAGCAUCAAUUGGCCAUUUUAGUGCAGUACGUCUGACGGGUUCUUCUGUUGAUGGGAGCUACUCAUCUCCUUUGUUGUUUGAGAAACUGCCGGAUAUAAACCAGGAAGAGUCUCAAUGGACUGAUUGCGAGAUUAGAGAUACCAUCAACUUGAUAUAUUUAAAUCUAAACAAGCUGGAUGUGUACUUAGCUCUACUGGUUGCCAAACACAAGAAGCCAAGGACAAUAACCCUGCACUGGUUGCGCUACACUUUUGGGGCCGUAGGAAUUUCAGUAUUUUCACUAUGGCUUCUAAGCCAUAGUAGAUUGGCAGGAAGUCCUGACAUUGACAAUUGGAUUCUUGAGGCAAAAGAGACGAUAACUGGCUUUUUGAGCAACCAUGUAGAGCAACCGCUUAUAGCUAUAAGAGAUGAGCUUUUCGAGACAUUCAGGAAGAGACACAGGGGAGUAAUGGAACUCGAAGAAGUGCAGCUAACUUCUAAUUCACUACACAGAAUGUUGUUGGCAUUUAGUGAGCAGACUAAAGGUCAAAAGUUCCCAGCAAAUGCUUCGGACCAAGAAAUGCUUGAAAUAGUUAUGGGCAGAUACGAGCAGGACCUUAUGCAUCCGAUCCAAAAUCUUCUUGGGGGAGAGCUUGCUCGUGCAAUGCUUAUCCAAAUUCAGAAGCUAAAACUUGACAUUGAAACGGCAAUGCUUGAGCUCAACCAGAUUCUGAGGGCCAAUGAGAUAAAUUUCGCCAUUCUUGCUGCUUUACCAGCAUUCUUUCUCUCCCUCCUUGUGCUCAUGUUAUUGCGUACAUGGGUGAAACAGGACACUAGGGCAGAAGGCAAAGGGAGAAUUGCUCGAGUGCAAAGAAGACUACUAAUUGUGGAAGUUGAGAAGAGAAUUAUGCAGUAUCAGAACUGCAUUGAUCAGGGACUGGACAAAGAUGCUCAAUGUAUGUAUGGAUUGGUUUUGUAUGCACUGGACCGGCUUUACAGGGCAGUGGAGAGACAUGCUAAGGCAACUGGUGAAUGGCAGUGUUUGAGACACGAUAUCUGCGAAUUGGGGAAGCCAAAUAUUCAGACUGCACAGAAGUUGAUGGUCACUUCGCGUAUUGAACGGAUGUAUCAUUGCUUGCUUCCCUCAACACGCCACUAGCUUCCACCCUUCUCUCCUAGUAUUUGAAGAUCAACAGCUGCCAAUAGUCCAGUGUUUGAUUCAAUCAUCACCAAAACGAACUUGGGUACGGUUUUUGUUUUUUGAAGUAUAUAACAUUACGGCAAAUACUCUCACACAACCCUCAUCUCUGGUGAGGUUUGACCUCCCUAGAGGCUGGCUAGUAACUCGGGCACCGCUGGGCCAAUGACCCUGUGGUUGCUUGGGUACACUUUAUCAGCAUGAUCUUGUAUUCAACCAAGACCAAGUGAUUGAUAUUUUGCUUAAUCACCUUGUAAUGGGAUUGGUUUAGCUUAAUCGUUUGUUGGAUCAUCUUUUCCUUUAACGAAAUGAAUUUUUGUG